GGUCACGGAACCAAGCAUGCCGUGCCAGCACCUAAAAUGGCACGUGGGCAGCUUCAGAGCAUCACGGCGCUACCGUGAGCCCGCCCAUUCCGGGGUUGUUCCAGAUAAGCUGUCUUCUCAACACCCCACCGCCCCCGCCCCCGCCCCUUGCUGUACAGUUUUUGUUAUCUCCUGCAAGCAGCUAAGAUGGACGUUGCAAAUCAGCUUGCAGCUAGUGGGCAGUUCAAAGUUGCCAAAGAACCCCUCGGUUUCAUCAAGUUUUUGCAAUGGUUCUUCGCCAUCUUUGCAUUUGCUACAUGUGGUAGCUACAGUGGAGAGUUCAAAGUGAGCGUGCACUGCAAGAAUAAGACAGAAAGCAAACUAAAUAUUGAGGUAGAGUUUGAGUACCCUUUCAGACUCCACCAGGUUUACUAUGAUGCACCCACAUGCAAAGGUGGCACUCCUGAACGAUUGUUCCUUAUUGGGGAUUACUCUUCAUCAGCACAGUUCUUUGUGACAAUUGCAGUCUUUGCCUUCCUCUACUCAAUGGGAGCCCUAGCCACAUACUUUUUCUUGCAGACCAAGUACCGUGAAAACAACAAAGGACCAAUGAUUGACUUCAUUGUGACAGUGGUAUUCACUUUCAUGUGGCUUGUGAGCUCUGCUGCUUGGGCCAAGGGCUUGUCUGAUGUGAAGAUGGCUACAGACCCAGAGCGCAACAUUGAUAUGAUUGAGGCUUGCAAGAAUACAGAGAAUAAAUGUGAGGAGGUGCAAGAUCCGGUCAUGUCUGGGCUCAACACAUCUGUGGUUUUUGGCUUCUUGAACUUCAUUCUCUGGGCUGGCAACAUCUGGUUUGUGUUUAAGGAAACUGGCUGGACUGCACCUUUCAUGCGCUACCCUCCACCCGCUCAGGGAAAGCAGCCUGCUCCCGAUUCCUUUGGCACUCCUGGCUAUGGUCAAGAUGCUCGAGGUUAUGGUCAACCCGAUCCUUAUGGGGCCCCACAAGGAGGCUACCAACCUGAAUAUGGCCAGCAAGGAGGUUACAGCCAGCAAGGAGGAUACAACCAGGGUGGUGACUUCAACCAGGGAGGUUAUGGCCAGCAAGGGGCACCAACUUCUUUCUCCAAUCAGAUGUAAAUGGAGAAAAGGAAGGGACACUGCUACAGGAGAUGAAUCCAGAGCACUCUGCCCAGUGUUGGGGGGAGGGGCUCAUCAGGCCCCUAAAUGUUUGUCUGUUUGUUAAAGUAAGGGGUUGGGAGGGGGGCAAAAAAUAAACUAGGGUUUGAAUUUGGCUGUAAAUCAAUGUUCUAUCUGUGUGACGUUCCAAAUGGUGAUAAAAUCAGAAAUAAACAAAAACAGGGAAUUCAAACAUUAAGAAUUUAAACCUCAUGCAAGAAUGUAGUUGUCUGUGAUGUGUAAAUAUUACUCAAUAUAUACAUACAGUAUGUUAUGUUCAGAAUUAUAUUUCAAUUAAUGAAAAAAGAAAAGAUUAUAACAUUAAAGAGUUGUAAAAAUACUAUAGAAUUUUAACUUUCUGUACAUUCUUGUUAACUUGUGUUAGAAUAUUGUUUUUAAAAAAACAGUGUUUAGUUAUAAUUUAUAACUAUCCAAUUAGUUUUAAAGGAGAGGUGUGUCAAGGCUGGGUUGGAAGAAAAUUCAGAUAGCUUUUCAGCCAAAAAGAAACACGAGUUAAGAUUUGCCUAUUUAUUCAUUUAGAAAAAGACCCCCUAUCCUUUACUGGCCAGCGUGUCAAGGUUUUUGAGCAGCUCUCCAAAAAUGUCUAUCAGAAAUAUUUAGAACUAUCCACAGAGCCUGACUGGCCCCUCAUCAGAGCAUCUCUGUGGUGAUGAGGUCAACACCUAGACAGGAGAGCAGAAAAGCUCUUAAUUGAUCACUGCCGGAAAAAAAGUCUUCAAUGUAAAGCUUGCCUGGAUCAGAGUAGCUGGGCACUGACCAAACUGACCACUGCCAGAGAUCAUAAAACUAGAAUUAGACUCUCCUCACAUAAUAGAUCAGACUGAACACUGCCAGAGAUGUAACAGACUGCAGAGCCAGACGAAUUGACCAAAAAAGAAAUAACAUGUCACAGUGGAAAUUACAAUAUUUGUAUUGCUCCUUUAUUUUAUGAAGGAUUACUGCCUCAAUAUUUAAAUGUGCAGCCUCUGAUAAUCCAGUCCCAUUUUAAUUGGGUAUAAAAAGGAAAAUAACAUAAAUUAGGUGAAGUGACACAAGGGUAUCAUCUGGUCAUUGUUUGUACUAGCCAAAUGUAAAUCUGCAUUGCUUAAUUCUCAGAGUUAUAAUCAUUUUAUGCUUUGUUUUUGUCUGCAGUGGACAGAGUGCUUUUACAGCUCUUUUCAGUUUAUGGGACUUAAUUAUGAUUUCAGCCAGUUUGUAUUUCUUAGUUUUUAAAAAUUAGGUUGAUCGUUGCCAGCCCAGAACUUCCAGUGGUGCUCAGCUUACUGUCCAAGCAGGCAGGAUGGAGACACUGAUCCUGUGACUAGAUGUAGGAAGAUGAUGGAUGGCACAUGCAUAAAAUUGCAUUAGCUGACAUUGGAAUAAGCAAUGUCAUGUUGCAAAGAUUUGGGCCUCUUUAGUUGUAACACAUAGACUAACAUAAAAGGGGCCACCAAGAGAUUUAUCUCUUAGUGAUACACAGACAACUGCUACAAUCCAGCCUGCUCACAAGAACAAAAUAACCUUUCCAUAUUUACCUGAGGAAAUGAGCAGCUGGCACUCACAGAAGGCAUAAUGAUUGGCAUUUUUAAAGAUUUCUGAUUUGUGUUUCAGAAUUCACAUGUAGUGCAUCAGUAACUACUUUAUCAGGAGUCUCACUGGAGAAUGGUGCCCUCGUGUUACUGACCUUUACCAACUUUACAUAUUCAAGGUGAGAAACAUAUUACACCAGUGCAGGCUUCUGUAGACUGAAGUGAGAUCUCUGAAUCAAGCAAGGCCUUUAUCAGGGCCUGAUGUGAAGGCCACCUUCAGGCUGGACUGACUCAUAGAGAUGGUUUUCAAGCUUAAAUAAGCAAGGUCUUUGUAACAAUAGAAUGGAAGGUCUAUUUUAUAAAAUAAAGACUAAGAUGUUUCAGAUACUUCAUAAAUAUCAGCUUCAGAUUGAAGAAAGACAAUAUGUAUAAAGAGAUGAUUGUAUAAGCAUGGCACUAUACGUUAAGAAGUGGGCAAAGCUGUCCUUCGCCAGAAGGGUUCCUGUUGACAGGCCAGUUGAGCUCUCUGGGAUUCUGUCUGACAAGCAACUUGAACACCAUGGGAUUCAAGCUGGCAGGCUGACUCAACAGCCUCUAAGGAUGGCAGCCAGGGUGAGUGCAUUGCACACUUCGUUUGAUUUAACAACACCAUCACUUUACCUUUGCAGCACAUCAUCCAGCAAGUGAUGAGGUAGUCAUGUUUGCACUCUGGCCAGCCUGAAUAUGUAUGCAGAGUCAUACCUCCCAGCCUCUUGCACACUUGCAAGUAUGAGGACUGGUGGAUGAGAACACUGGCCCAAUCCUGCUGUGCCCCUCUCCAAAUUGCAGCCAAGUAUGUUCUGUAUUAGAGCUGCCAUCACACCUCCAAAGGCCAUUUAGCAGUUCCGCUCUGGCUUUAGGUGAAGAGCUUAGGCUGGAGGACACCCGCUGUGGGCGAGUGAAAUAAACAGAAGAGUCCUUCAAUUUGCUGAGCACCCAAGGAGACACGCAAACACACAAGUGUGCGCACACACACUUAUAUUCAGUUUACGGGAUAACCCCUGAAAAAAGCUGAUGAAAUGUAUGUAAUCUUCAGUUCCCCCUCCCUGUUAUAAAUAUAUUCUAUAUAUACUGUACUAAGCUCUAGUGUCUGUGUAUAAAGUGUGUUUGUGAUUUUCAACGCCUCCCAAUCUGUGCCGUGUGUUGUGUAUUAUGUAUUAUUAAUGUUGAUAUGAUUAAUAUUAUUAUGAUGAUGCAGAGGGAAACAAAACUGCGAGAAGUUUCAAAUCCAGACUCUGGACUCCUCUAAUGAAAAUAAAGCUAAAAAGAUUCUA